CUUUGGCCUUAGUCAACUAAUAGGCCUUACUAAUAACUAUUUCAGUAGUAAGAAAACGAUAAAGUUAGAUAAAGUUUGCAUAGUCUGAAUUGUAGAAGAAAAAUGGAUUUUGUGAAGAAAUUACUGUGUCUAGCAGUAUUGUCUUUUGUAACAUCAGCUGUAAACGGUUGCGGACGUUUGAAAUGCUAUAAAUGUAACUCCCAGGACUCGCCGAAUACUUGCGGAAAAGAUAACUUUAAUGCUGGUGUCCACUCUAGUGACACAACAAGUGGUUCCACAAGUGAUCUUUCUGGAGGAACCAGCUGUAUUCAGGGAUGGGCUAUAAAUGAUAAAGGAACUUAUUAUUAUCGUGACAAAUCUAAUGAAUUCGAGCACGAUGGGUGUGAGACACCACAAAAAUGUUACUGUAACGAAGAUCUGUGCAACACGAAUGGUUCACGUGUGAUAUCCAUGACAACAGUAGCGACAACGCUCAUCUCUUUCUUUGGGAUUUUGCUAGUGAAGAGGAUUCUGAUAUGAAAUAUGACUAAGAAAGAACAAUAUAUUUAUGAAAUAUAAAAAACAUAAAAUAUCAGCGAAUAUUUUUUUUCAUAUUUUUUAUGUCAAGGUGUACAUGUUUUGGCCCUAAAACACUCACGCGCACAUAUUAACUCAAUAGACGUCUACGCACUUCUACGUUAUAUCGCGGGACAUGUCACCUCCGUAUUUUAACCCUGAUAAAAUACGGCCAUGCGUUGACGUCGCGCCGACCUACUACAUUUUGCGUCAUACAUGCGCCAAAAAUAAUAUAUAUACAUGUUUAUGUAAAACACAUAUUAGAAUCGAAACAAAAUAUAGCAUACCAUGUUUGAUCAGAUCUAAACACUCCGAAUCGGUUAUACGCCGCAAGUAAUAUUUCACUGUCUGCUGUCCGCACUCUAGCUAUGUUUCGAUAUAUCAAAACACGGUUCCGCUAUAUAUUACAUAUUAUUGUAUUUCUUAAAUGAAGUAUAAAACUGAUUUUUGUUGUAGAGUUUUAUUGUCGCAUUAUCUCAUUUUUAUGAUAAAUUUUGCACUAUUUCUAUACCAAUAAAAUACUGUACAGAAUGAA